UUUAACCCCUCUUUCCCACAAUCAUUGAAGAUCAAGCAGGGCAGAGGGAGAGAUCGAGACAAGCAGAAAGAAAUAGAGAAAAGGUGAGGUGUAUUAGCAGACAUGGCUGAUAGACCAUCAUGUUUAAAGAUUGGAAUUGUGGGAUAUGGACAUCUGGGUCAAUUUCUUGUUGAGAAGAUCCAAAACGAAGGACCCGAGGUGGGAUUGCAGUUGGCGUAUGUUUGGAACCGAAAUCCAGAGAAACUUAAAGACGCGGUGGCCGAAGAUCUCAUUCUGAAUAACCUCUUAGAUUUCACACACAGGGAUGCUGAUGUAAUAGUGGAGGUGUGUCAUCCACAGAUUGUGAAAGACUUUGGGGCCAGAUUUUUGUCACAUGCUCACUUUCUGGUGGGCAGCCCUUCUGCACUCUCUGAACCCCAGCUUCAACAGGAACUCCGCACGGCUGCAAAGCAUCAUGGGAGGACGCUUUAUAUACCCAGUGGUGCAUUAUGGGGGGGCCAAGAUAUUCAAAGAAUGAAUGACAAUGGAACUUUGAGGGCGCUUUCCAUUAGAAUGUCUAAGCAUCCCUCUUGUUUCCGUCUGACUGGCGGUCUGCUCUCUGAUUGGACAGAAGGAGAGGGUAGGCGGGUCUUGUACCGUGGCUCUGUGGCAGAACUCUGCCCUAUUGCUCCGAACAACGUGAACACCAUGGCGGCUGCGGCCAUAGCUGCAUCGAACUUGGGCUUCCGUGGGGUUACUGGAGAAAUAGUGUCGGACACAGCAUUGUCUGACUACCAUAUUGUGGAAGUUGAAGCAACCGGUCCAGAUGGGUUCUCGGUGAAAACAGUUCGAAAGAACCCAGCCAAACUGGGAGCUGUUACAGGAAAUGCCACAUAUAAUUCAUUUUGGAGCAGCUUACUGGUUUGCAGGGGUCAUGGUGGGAGGGUAUAUCUGUGCUGACUGACAACAGUGGAGCAUGCACAAAAACACACAGAUGAAAACUAGCAGAAUUGAAAGCAUUAAUAAAAAAACUUGGUGAAAAUAAAAACAA